CUCAGCUAGUGCAGUAGUUUUGCAGUAAAUUAUAUUCUGACGUUAACACAGUUGCCCAGUAAUCUAGAUUUUUGUGGUGGCUAUUGAAAUUUGUUACAUGACAGUCUGUCAAGAAUUUUUGCGUAUGUUUAACUUUCUUUAUAAAGACGUAUAACAUACAUAAAGUGUACAAAUUUAAGUGUGCAACUCAGUGAACUUUCCAUAUGUAUACAGCCCUGUCACCAUCCAGGUCAAGAUCUGGAACUUUUUCAGCAAGCUCCUUAUACCUGCUGCUAGAGAGCCCCGGUGACCUCUAUGCUGACCUCUGUCCCCAGAGGUUCCUUUUGCCGUUUGGAUCAGUGUGUACUCCUUUGUGUCUGUCUUCUUUCACUAGCGAAUAUUUAAAAGAUGCUUCAAAGAAGAUGAAAAGUGGGCUUAUGUUUAUAAAAUUGGUUAAUCCAUGUUCAGGGGAAGGAGCCAUUUACUUGUUCAAUAUAUGUCUGCAGCAGCUGUUUGAAAUAAAAGUUUUCAAGGAAAAACACCAUUCUUGGUUUAUAAAUCAAUCGGUUCAAUCAGGGGGUCUUCUCCACUUUGCCACACCGAUGGACCCUCUAUUUCUGCUUCUCCACUACCUUAUAAAGGCUGACAAAGAGGGAAAGUUUCAGCCCCUAGAUCAAGUUGUGGUGGAUGACAAGUUUCCAAAUUGCAUCUUGUUACUGAAACUUCCUGAACUUGAGAAGUUACUUCGACACGUGACGGAGGAAAGAGAAAUAGACAAAAAGAAAUAUUACAAGUUCAGCAAAGAGAAGACAUUAAAGUGGCUGGAAAAAAAGGUUAAUCAGACUGUGGCAGCAUUAAAAACCAAUAAUGUAAAUGUUGGUGCCCGAGUACAGUCAACUGCAUUUUUCUCCGGUGACCAAGUUUCCAGUGGCAAGGAAGAGGAUUAUAUUCGUUAUGCCCACGGUCUGAUAUCUGAUUACAUCUCUAAAGAAUUAAGUGAUGACUUAUCUAAAUAUUUAAAGCUUCCAGAACCUUCAGCUUCAUUGCCAAAACCUCCAUCAAAGGUGGCAGCACAAAGAAAGAAAAGGGACAAGUGACAGCAGGUCUACGCAAGGCUUGGCUGCUUCUCAGUGUAACUUAAGACAUUCCCAAAGGGCUAAGACUUUUUCUUCUGCCCUUGCUAGAAAAUCACCAAAUGCCAAAAGAUGUAUUUUAAAGAACUAAUCAUGAAUGUUUUAUUUCUUUGAUCAAUACCACUAGUCCAUUUGGACCGCGGCAUUUCCCCCGGAGGGUGAUUCUGUCAUGGAAAUUGAAAGCACCCCCAGAGUGUGAACCUUCUCAAUCUCUGAGGAAUUCAAGCCAUGUCACUCCUCUUCCCUGAGCCUGUGCCCAACAAACGUGUGGAUUUUUCCAGUGUAGUGCUUCGGAUUUCAAAACAUUGAGAGGAGAAGACUCAUUGUGAAAUUCGUGUCAUUUCUUAAGCCUGACCACUUUGGCCUGUUCUGCUUUCCUGGGGUUGGGCGAGCAUGUUUCGGGUCUGUAUAUGGUGACUUAAGUACUUGAUCCCACACUAAAAGCUUUGAUGAACCAAGUUUCUACCUUUACUUUAAAAAAAAGCAUGACUUUUCUUUAGUCCUUAUCAGUUUGGCAGCUUCUAAUUCAUAAUGAUACCUGAACAUGUGCAUUUUACAUCUGCUGAAGUU